CCAGAUGCCCUUUGGCGGCAGGCUGGCACGACCGUUAUUUCAGGACCGUUAUUUCUCUCAGGGCGGCUCCGAGGCAGCUUUUACAGUUUGAAGAGCGACGGACCAGGGGGUGGAGCUAGUAUUCCUCAGCCAUCCUUGCACCUCCCACCUUUCCCCGGCUCCAGACCACCCUUAGUGAGAGGCUUCAACAUUUUAAGCACGGUUUUCUGCCCCACAGUGGCUUGGGACGUUUAGCGGAUAGUGAACUAUGUCAGAGAGAAUAUUUGUGGCAGACAAGAAAAACAUAUCUUCGAAGUCAAGAAAUGAAUCUUAUCCAAUGCAGGAAGCUGGUGUUUUGGAUUCCACUGGAGAGCAAGUACAGCCUGAGACCAAGUUUCAAGAAAAACUGCAGAAAUUAUGUACUUGUCCUCCUCAAGGUAUAAUUGCCAAAGUAAUAACAAACGUGGCAAUAGGAGCAGUGGCCUGGGGCCUAAUUUGGAAUUUUGCAGGCAAAGAGAGUCUGCCUGGUGGGAAGCUCUUCGGAAUAGUAUGCCUCUAUUUUUGUUCAGUAAUCGGUGGCAAAAUUAUGGAGCUAAUUAAAAUACCAGGACUGCCUCCUCUCCCUCCUUUUCUUGGUAUGUUGCUUGCUGGAUUUCUCAUCAGAAAUAUUAAAUACGUCAGUGAGGUGAUUGUGAUCGAAGUAAAGUGGGGAGUUAUAUUCAGAAACACUGCCCUCUCGAUUAUUUUGUGUCUAGCUGGUCUUGGCCUUGACCCAAAGGCUCUGAGCAAGUUAAAAGCUGUCUGUUUCAGACUAUGCACGGGACCCUGCAUCAUUGAAGCAUGCUCUGCAGCAGUCAUAUCUCACUUUAUAAUGAAAUUCCCAUGGGUAUGGGGGCUUAUGUUAGGAUUUGUUCUAGGUGCUGUAUCUCCAGCUGUUGUGGUCCUUUCCAUGCUGAUGUUACAGAAACAAGGUCUUGGUGUAGAUCAAGGAAUUCCAACUUUACUAAUAGCUGCUGCUAGUAUGGAUGACAUUGUAGCCAUCACAGGCUUUAACAUUUUCUUAGGCAUGGCUUUUUCCUCAGGAUCCACUUUUCGUAGCAUCUUUCGUGGUCUGGUGGAAGUUGUUAUUGGUGCAGGUGCUGGUUGCCUUUUAGGAUUUUUUAUUAGAUAUUUUCCAAGCAAGGAUCAGAAAUCCAUUGUAUGGAAAAGAGCCUUCUUUGUGAUUGGCUUCUCAGCAUUUUCUCUUUUAAGCUGCAAAUAUUUUGGCCUUCCAGGAUCUGGAGGACUCUGUGUCAUUGUUUUGUCAUUUCUGGUUGGAAUGGCAUGUUCUGAUGAAAAGAAAGCAGUGCAAGAUAUUGUUACUUUUGCAUGGCAAGUGUUCCAACCAUUUCUAUUUGGACUAAUUGGAGCUGAAAUAUCCAUUACCAAUAUUGGAUUUGAAACUGUUGGGUUUUGUUUGGCCACUAUGUUUUUGGCUUUAGCGGUUCGAAUUCUGGCUACGUUUUUGUUGGUGACUGGCUCUGGUUUUCAUUGGAAGGAAAAGUUAUUUAUUGCACUGGCAUGGAUCCCCAAAGCAACUGUCCAGAAAUUAAUGAAAACUACAAGCCCAAAGAUAAAGCUGAAAUCAAGAGACUUCCGGUUUUUGUGCCAUAGCGCACAGCCGCAGGAUUGCGGCAUUCCGCACCUCACGGCUGAUUUCGCCCUGCCAGUGGACCCUAAAUGGGUCUGAAGUAGCCCCAGAGAGGCAAAGAAGAAAGAGGAGUGCCCCGAUAAUCACGGAACAACAGCAGUUGUUCCAUUCGAUCUGGGGGAAGCCCUCUAACUCAACAGGAGAAAGGCUAGCUGCACACCAGCAUCGAGCCCAAGCUACUUGCAGCCAAAGUCCAAGAGCAGAACAAUGGUGAACAGCAUGCUUGGAACUGGUGAGAGUCCCGAUCUUCUGUCCUCUACUCUGUAACUAAGUCCUUGGGAAAGAUCCCCAAAAUAAGAAAACCUCCGAAAGUGAAGGGAGGGGACUACACCCCACUCCCCCAUGGAUGGAAGUGGCAAAUUAACCUUCAAGGGCGAAAAAAAUAUAUUGAAAUCAAAGUUAAAAUACUACAGUCUGGAUAAAUCUAGAAAUUAAAAAAACUGCUAAAAUUAUACUUUAAAGGGUUUUGAUGAAACUAUAAUAAUAAUAAUAAUAAUAAUAAUAAUAAUAAUAAUAAUAAUAUGUCUAAAAAAGCUGAAAAACAAACAACUACUGACACCUAGUGGAGAACUAGAACAUAGAACAUUAACAACACUGACUCAGUAAUUGGCAAGAUGCCCAGAAACAAGGAAUAAUCUGUUCUCUUGAACUUUAAUAACUCUCAGAAGACAGCUGGGUGGGGACAAAGAAAGAAUACAUACUGGGCCAACCAUAAGAUUAAAAAGUGUCUGAAGGAAAAGAAAUACACUGACUGUUGUCUAAACUCAAGAACUGUUUACAGAAAAAGAAAAACUUUGACUCUGGGCUAAUCUUUUAGGGGGGAAUUUACAGGAAGAACUCAAGGUGGCUAAAUAUACUGAAUUGCAAUUUUGAUUGGUUGACAACUGACCCCUGAAUAAAAGAACUAUUAUAAAAUAUUGAUUUUACUGAUGCCUUGACAAUUGGAAAUACAGUGGAUUAUAAAAACUAUAUAUAAAAUAAGAACUAUACAAAAUUUGGGCUGUUUGGAUUCUGAGUUUGGCUGGAUCGAUAAGGCUAAUUAUAGAGACUAUGGCACUGAUGGACUAUUUGAAAGAGGGAGACAACAUGGACACUGCAUACUUAUCAAAAAAUGACAGAAAACCACAUUUAAUACUUAUUCCCGAAGGACCUAGCCUGAAAUAUCAAAGACAACAGAAGCAACAUUUCAAGACAAGACAAAUACUUUCCAGGAAGAAAUGUAUAUAAUGCUACAACAGAUACAAAUGACAAUAGCUUCAAACCACAAUGAGAUAAAAAAUAACUUUGAUGACAUAAAUGAGCACAUCUCACAAUAAAAAACACUCA